AUGGCUAUAGCAAUUGGCACCUUUCAAAUUCUGUUGGAAGGCAAGGUGGCACUGAUCACUGGUGGAGCAAGUGGCAUCGGCGAGUCCACCGUCAGACUCUUCUCCAAACAUGGAGCUAAAGUGAUAAUUGCUGAUAUUCAAGAUAACUUGGCUCACUCAAUUUGCAAAGAUUUGGGUGUAGCAUCUGCCUCCUUUGUACAUUGUGAUGUAACCAAUGAAACUGACGUUGAAAAUGCAGUUAACAGUGCCAUUGGCAAAUAUGGAAAGCUCGACAUCAUGUUCAACAAUGCCGGUGUGGUAGGCACGCUCAAACCCAACAUCCUGGACAACGAAAAAUCCGAGUUUGAGCAAGUGAUAAGCACAAAUUUGGUAGGUGCUUUUCUGGGAACCAAACAUGCUGCUAGAGUGAUGAUCCCCAAUUGCCGUGGUAGUAUAAUUACAACGGCUAGCGUUUCUUCCACAAAUGGCGGAGUUGCAUCUCACGCAUACACAAGUUCAAAGCAUGGUGUUGUGGGGCUUACGAGGAACACAGCCGUAGAGCUCGGACGGUAUGGCAUUCGUGUGAACUGUGUGUCACCAUACCUCGUUGCAACCCCAAUGACAAAGGAUUUCUUCAAGCUCAAUGAUGAAGGAGUCUCUAGUGCUUAUUCUAACCUCAAAGGUGCAGUUCUUGAAGCAGAAGAUGUGGCCCAAGCAGCUCUUUUCUUGGGAAGUGAUGAUUCCAAGUAUGUGAGUGGGCAUAAUCUUUUAGUUGAUGGAGGCUUCACCAUUGUGAAUCCUGCUUUGUCUAUGUUUGAGCAAUCUACAUGA